GGAUUGGUCGCGGACCCUGUUCAAUCACAGACGGUCUGAAUAGAAGGACUCGUUUGAUUGGUUUUGACGCAGAUGGACAGGAGCAGGUCUUUCUCGGUUGUAAAAUUCCCUAUUAAUUUCGCACCGAAAUUAUUGCGAAGUGUUCAUGCGAACAGUCUCCAUAUACAUUGUAGGUGUUGCGCUAAAUGUACAUCCAUUGUAAUGUAUGUUGCCAUUUAUCGUGAGAUGCAAACACUGUAGGGUUUUUAGUCUGAUUAGAUGUCGCUACUCUUCUCCCUGCCCCCACCCGCAUUCCUGCCUGUCUGGUCUGCUCUGGACGUGGGUAGCAAACUUCAUCAAGGAAUACGAGGAAGAAAAAGUCCAUACAAACUCUGUGCCAAGAAAAUAAACAAUACCCAACACGGGGCAGCCUUGCUCUAUUCUUCACCCUUUUUUAAAUAUUGUAAUUCGGGGACAACCGUUUUGUUGGCAGCACUACUGCGUGUAUUACGUCGUUGUAGCGACAUCAAUUUAACUACGUUUCUUCACUGAAGUUGUGCGUGGACGGAGUAAAAAGUAACAUUCUGCGGUUGGAAUCGCUGCAAGGUGGGUGAAGGAGUGUAUUUGCUAUCUGCGCUGCAAAGUGUCAAGGGAACUGUCCUCAUCUAACGACGCAUUGUGAAUCAGAGCGGUCGCAUCGCCAAGGAUGGAAAUAUUGGACAGUACUGAGUCCUUUUUACACUGGGAUAGGAAUCUCAGCGAGCUGUCGGAGCCUGGGGAAAACGAACAUGUCUUAUACAGCACACACUUCACAGACCUCCUGGAUGACUUCUCCCAGGAUGCUUUGCUGGGCCAGCUGCUGAGCGACCCCUUCCUGUCCGGCCGGGAAGGAGAGGCCAUGGACGAGGGGGAUGAUUUCACCCCGUCCUCCCCGCUACCGCCCCACAUCCAGGCGGAGCACUCCUACUCCCUGUGUGGGGACUCCCGGCCCCAGUCGCCCGUCUCACAUCUGCCUGGGGAGCAGGGGAGUGAUGCAGAAUCAGAUGGUGAGAAUUGGUCCGUGGAGCAGGAGGAACAGAUGGAGGUGUUGCUGUGUGACCCUCCAGCCCUGCUGCCCACCCUAACCCUCUCCCUGGCCCCUGAGGGCCACAUCACUGAGGCCCCGGCCCCACCAGCCCCCAAGACCAACCCACAGACGGCCACACAGGGCAAGACCAGCAAGGCGAAGGAGAUUGGUGAGAUCCAGAUCAAACUGGAGCCUCAUGAGGUGGACCAGUUCCUCAACUUGUCUCCGAAAGGUCUGGAGUCUCUGCAGAUGCCACCCACCCCUCCCUCCUCCCACAGCAGUGACUCAGAGGGCUGUCAGAGCCCGGUACACACCAGCACUCCCCAGAGCCCCUCCACCCCCUCUUCUCCCCUCAGCCCUGCACCCUCCCAGGCCGGCCUCAAGGUGUCUCAGCGCACACCCUCUUCCCUCUCCAACUCCCCUCUUCUCACCGCCCCACACAAGUUGCAGGGCUCUGGCCCUCUCCUGCUGACAGAGGAAGAGAGGAGAACCCUGGUUGCCGAGGGUUACCCUGUUCCCACCAAGCUGCCCCUGUCCAAGGCGGAGGAGAAAGCCCUGAAGAAGAUACGCAGGAAGAUUAAGAAUAAGAUCUCUGCUCAAGAGAGCCGCAGAAAGAAGAAGGAGUACAUGGACGCCCUGGAGAAGAAGGUGGAAAACUGCUCCAAUGAGAACAGCGAGCUGCGCAGGAAACUGGAGAAUCUGGAGUGUACCAACAAGACUCUAAUUCAACAGCUACACUCUCUGCAGGCGGUGGUGGCAGGGAAGGUUCCCCGCUCUUGCAAAGUCACUGGCACCCAGACCUCCUCCUGCCUCAUGGUGGUGGUGCUGUGCUUCGCUGUGUUCCUAGGGAGUUUCUACUCCAGCCUGGGUCCUUGCUCCUCCAUCACAGAGACUGGCCUCUCCAGAGACAUGGCCAUGCAGGAGUCUUACACAGCUACAGUGAAGUCCAGGAGCCUGCUGUCCUAUGAGGAGAGAGGGCUGGACGAGCCACACCUUCUGGGUCUGGGUGGGGACUAUCCUGACCAAUUGGAGAGGCCCACGGUUGUCAUGGCAGCGUGGCGCUCUGAGAAAAAGCAGCAGAAAGGGGAGGAGUCACAUCGGGCUGAGACACGCCCACCUUUCAGCAACAGCAGUGAUACGAACCCACAGAAACCCCUGCUUUUAGACCUGCACAGGUCUCUGGAGCAGAGGGUGAACGACAGCGCUAAAAUCAUAGAGCUGGAGAGGACAGUCAACGAGACGUCAUAGGGUCUACCUCUGACCCGUCACCUUUGACCUUCCCUCUGCAGGAGCAGGAGACGGAGGCUCUCUGUAUUUAUAGAAUCUUUUUGGAUAACUUUGUUAUUUUAUCGUAUGUAGUUGUUGUUCUUUUAUAUUGUGUUUUUAUUCCAUUCCAAAAGUACACCACCUCUUUGAUAUAUUUUUGUGUUCGUACUUUGCUUUUAUUUUUGCCUUUAUUUGCCUUACUUCUUUAUAUAUUUGAUGACAUCGUUUUGCUUUAGCCAUUAUGCUCUGUUAUAUUUGAGUGAGUGGUAUUUUGUUCUGUAUUUCUAUGGUGAUAUUCCCCUUGGUGUGAUGGCGGUGUUAUGAGAAUGGGGCCCCGUGGCUCUUUGAAUACUCUGCUGAUGUCUUCACAGUAAUGGGGCCUAGUAUCUCAAAUGCUAUUUCCUUUACGUAUUCUUUUCCUAUCGAUUUUUGUCAGAAUGGACUCAGAAUCGCACGCUGUGUCCUUAUUAAAUACGAGUCUCUAUCAAAAGCCGCAGGCCUUCGUAGCAAGUCCUAUUUUUGUAAAUAUAAAUGUCCGCCUGCAUGUAUGAGGUCAGUAAACGCAAUGUUGACUGAUGUUUGAUCGGUGGUUGGAUGCUGAGACAAUCAAGUUGUGUAUAAUACAGCGUUAUGACAAAGUACUUUUUACCAGAUAAUGUGUGUGGGGAAUGUGUUUGCUAAACUAAGAAACCUUCCUGCUGGAGAAAACACAAUGGUGGCCUUGUGAUAUGGAAUGAACCAGUAUGAUGUUUCUGCUAGGUCAUAGUCUCUACCACCUGCACUGUCUCCCACAUACACACAGAUGAACAGAACCAUAACCACCUUCUCCUUUGGCCUGCACCCUGCAGUCAAUCCACUCACACAGCAUCCCCAAAGAGUCCAUUUUAUUCUUAUUUAUUCCAUAUAAACUGUAGAGUCACAUUUUGCCUCCACAGGAACCUGUCUUUGUCUUUAUGGGUUCUGUCCUUCUUGGCUUUUGACUAAAACAAAUAAAUAUUUUCCGUAGUAAAAACAUCGA